ACGAGCUGCACAACUCGGCGAUGUGUUGGAAUGCGCGCGAGCGCCUCGAAGUUCGCCGAACAAGUUAGCUUUUGGGAUAUAACUUCGAAAAUAUACGCGUCUGUAACCGAAAACAGCGCAGAGGAACCGAAGGGACGAACACGCUGAUUGAGCAUGGCUGCUCAGGCUGUGUUUCCCCAGGCCUCAGGCAUUUUUGUGCCAUCUCGUGGCAUUCCAUUGCCUGAAGAUGGCCAUGAAUUGUCCGAGCUUCCCCGAACAGAUCUGCCUGCGCCUCAGCUGGUGAUGCUGGCCAACGUGGCUCUGACUUCUGAGCCAUCACCGGGCGAAUACUCCACGGAGGAGAAGCAGAUGGUGGAGCUUAAGAACGUUGGCUGCAGCAGCUACUCUGACAGCGAGGAUGAGAAUGUGGUCCGCUACAGCUACGAUAACACUGAGACAUCUGAGAACGGAUACCUCGAGGAUGACGCCCCGAGCCAGGUGGAAUCCAGGCCAGCAGAACAAGUUAUCGAAAAGGUCACUGUCAGUGACAACGAGACAAGGCCUAAAGACCUCUCAAAUCCUUCAGACUCAAGCCCACCCGAGCGCCCAGCUGUUGGGAAGCGUAAACAGAACCAAGUCAUAGUGCCUGCAGCCUCCACAGAGCCACCAAUAAAGAAGAAGAAAAAGCCGUUCUAUUGCAAACCAUGCCAGUUCCAGGCAGAGUGCGAGGAGGAGUUUAUUCACCACAUCCGCACCCACAGUGCUAAGAAGCUAAUUGUUGUGAAUAGUAUGGGAGAGUCCGACGAUGAGACAACCAACGACACCGCUAAGCAGCAGGUACCAGAAAAUGGCAUGUCUUGCACCAAAGGCGUGAUCCGAUGCGAGCGCUGUGGCUACAACACCAACCGCUAUGACCACUACAUGGCACACCUCCGUCAUCACAAGAAUGAAGGGGAUGAUCAGAGGGUAUUUAAGUGCACCAUCUGCCCCUACUCUACAGUGAGCCAGUACCACUGGAAAAAGCACCUGAGGAACCAUUUUCCCAGCAAGCUGUUCACCUGCAACCAGUGCUCUUAUUUCUCCGACAGAAAAAAUAACUACAUACAGCAUAUUCGCACCCACACUGGUGAGCGUCCUUUCCAGUGCAUUUACUGUGACUACUCAAGCUCACAAAAGACCCAUCUGACCAGACAUAUGAGAACACACUCAGGUGAAAGGCCUUUCAAAUGUGACAGCUGCAGCUACUUGGCAGCCAAUCAACAUGAGGUGACCCGCCAUGCCAGGCAGGUCCAUAAUGGGCCCAAGCCGCUGAGCUGCCCCUACUGCCAGUACAAGACGGCUGACCGCAGCAACUUCAAAAAGCAUGUGGAGCUUCAUGUUAACCCACGCCAGUUUUUGUGUCCUGUGUGCAAGUAUGCAGCUUCCAAGAAAUGCAACCUGCAAUACCACAUCAAGUCUAGGCAUCCGGGAUGCUCAGACAUUUCCAUGGAUGUCUCAAAAGUGAGGCUCAGGGUUAAGAAGGCAGAUGGAGAAGAAUGCGCUACUCCUGCGAGUGGUAAGCAGGGUGAAGAGGUGCGGCAGCGGGAUGGGGGAUCGGAGAUUACCUCGGACACAGACUCAUGCGGCCCCAUCAAUCUCUCCAUUAAGAAGAACAGUAGGCCAAGCUCUGCACAUAGUGCAGGCGCAGAGACCAACAAGAAAGCUGCAGAUGUACCUGGGAGAGAAAAAUCUGGGAGGAUUACUCACACCUAUGAGAAAAAAGUGGAGAAAAAGGCUGCAGAGAGAAAGACUGCACAGAAAAGCGAAGGAAGAGAAAUGAGUAACAAGAAAGCGAAAAGCAAAGCAGUAGAAAAGACUGACAUGUCCCAGAAAGAAACCACAAGCUCUGCUGACAAGGAAGAUAGGAAAAAGGACAAGGAGCUGAAAAAAGUGGAAAAGGCUCCCAAAUCUGUGGAGAAAGUCACUAAGACUCGCUCCAGAAAAGAGAAGACAGUGAAGGAGACAGCCACCAAAGAUCAGACCGUUACUGAACAGAAGCAAAGACUGGAUUUGGAGAAGAGGCAAGAGAACGAGAGGCUGGAGAGGCAAAAGAGAGGAAAUGAGCAGAAGCAGAGAGAGGAAUACGAGAGUUUGGGGAAACAAAACAGCCCACAACUUGAUAAAGAGGUGGAGGAGAGAGAGAGUGAGAACACCAAAGAUUCCAAGAAAACCCCAUUUAAGAAACCAGCCAAGAAGCAGCCAAGAGUGGCAAAGGUGAACCAUGGCAAAAAACAGCUGCAGAUUCAGGAAGUGUUUGAUAACAGCAAGAAAAAAGGAACAAAACGCAAAGCAGAGAGCUCAAACUCUCCACACACAGUUUCCUCUGGACAGGAGGGCUCACCAGAGAAGGUUAAACACAGGAAAGUGAAGGAUGCAGACAAGCCAUCCACAAGUGCCACUACAACACAGCAUACUGCUACCACACCUGCAGAAGUCAAGGUCUCAAAGGGCAAAGGCAAGCAAAGCAGAAAGAGCAAGAUGAAGGCGGAGAUAAGCACAGUGGAGUCUGAUGUACCUAUUCAUGUGGAGAGUGAUUUGGUAGGUGAACAGCCAAAAUCUUCACAAGUGGAAGUAUCAGUUCCUGUGGAGCCUGAACAGGAACCUGAGCAGCCAGUCUUGCAACAAGACCCAGAGAAGCCGACUCUAAAGAAACUGCCAGAGAAGUCUACCUUACGACAACAGCUGGAGAAGCCUACCUUACAAGAACAAACGCUAGAGAGGCCUACUUUACAGCAGCAACGCCUUGAGAAGACUACCCUACAGCAAAAACUAGAGAAGGCUACGCUGCAGCAAAAGCUGGAGAAGCCUACCUUACAGCAGCAAAAGCUGGAGAAGCCUACCUUACAGCAGCAAAAGCUGGAGAAGCCUACCGUACAGCUGCAACAUCUGGAGACGCCUACCGUACAGCUGCAACAUCUGGAGACGCCUACCGUACAGCAGCAACAUCUGGAGACGCCUACCUUACAGCGGCAACAUCUAGAAAAGCCUACCUUACAGCGGCAACAGCUGGAGGAGCCUACCUUACAACGGCAACAGCUGGAGAAAUCUACCUUACAACGGCAACAGCUGGAGAAGCCUACUGUACAGCAAAAGCUGGAGAAGCCUACUGUACAGCAAAAGCUGGAGAAGCCUACUUUGCAGCGGCAACAGCUGGAGAAGCCUGCCUUACAGCAAAAGCUGGAGAAGUCCACUGUACAGCGGCAACAGCUGGAGAGGCCUGCCUUACAGCAACAGCUGGAGAAGCCUACUUUACAGCGGCAGCAGCUGGAGAGGCCUGCCUUGCAGCGGCAGCAGCUGGAGAAGUCUGCCAUACUGCAAAAGCUGGAGCGACCUGCUGUACAACAACGUCGGGAGAAGCCUACUGUACUUCAAGAGCUUGAGAAGUCUGCUUUGCAGAGUUGCUCAACAGAGAUUGAUGCCACAAAUCACAGCUCAAUUGAGAGUAAGUGUGUUAUUACUGAAGAGGAACCCAAAGUAAGAGAAAAUGCACAAAGUCCAUUAGAAAAAACUUCAGCAGAAGAGGAACUGCCCAUGGCUUCAAAAGAGAAGGUUGCUGCUGAAGAAAAGAACAAGGCCAUCACUGCAGCACAGGGGGCUUCAGACGUUCAUAGUAGGAGUGAUGAGAUCCCAUCCCCCACCGAAAGUGAUGGCGACCCAGGGUUCAGCCAGGAACCAGUGGUCGAGAGCCCAUCUUUGGAACUGCCCAGACCAACAUGCUCCAAACCAACAGAUGCUGAGGACGACGAAGGCAUCCACAGUCACGAUGGAGGAAGCGAUAUCAGUGACUGUGCCUCUGAGGGAAGUUACGACUCUGGGCUCAAUGGAUUGGCAAACGCUACAGAGAAACUUCCAGAAACCCCCACUGAAGAACUUCCUUCUCCUACCCAGCUCCUCAGUCACACAUGCGUCUUCUGCGACCGCACGUUCCCACUAGAGAUGGACUACAGGCGACACUUGAACCGCCACCUUGUGAACGUGUAUUAUCUGGAGACCGCAACGCAGGGAGAGAAGUGAUGGAUGGGACUUCAUACAGUUUUAACUUUUCAACAUUCAUCAUUUGCCAACUUUCUGGUUCAUAACAGUUUGUAAUCAUGUUUUUGUUUAUCUGUGGUAUCACCUGAGGAGGGUUUUCAUCAAAUUUGAAACCAUAUAGUAUGUUCUGUGAUUACGUUACAGAACAUAAGUUACAUUGCUUAAAUGUUUUUUUUUUUUUCCUUGAAAAAAAUGAUGGCAUGUUUCGCAGUGUUUUAAUAAUGGUGGUUAAAUAUAGUGCAAAAAUGACCUCCCAUAGGUUUCCCUGUAGAAUGAGCCAACAUAGCACUUUUUGAAACCAACGUACUGCAAACUCAGUGCUGCAGUAUUGUCCAGUGCUUCUGCUGUUAUUUACGUUUUAAAAGGCAAAAUUUGUGCUUCAGCACUACAAUAGUCAUUCGUAAUUCACAAGCUGACCAUUUGAACCUGAAACAAGAGGCAAUUCUAGAUGGGAGUACCAAUGGGAGAGCUAUUUUCGCUGUAAUUUCCUUUAGAAUGUCACAAAGCACAUUUUAAAACACUGUACAUCAUGCAGAAAAUGUUUUUUGAUUUUUUUAGAAGAACAUUGCUCAAGGCAGCCUCAUCUAUGUACCAUCAUCUGUUCAUCAGUUUCAUCAGUUAUUUUUGACAUGCGCCCUGCAUUUCGGUUAUUUGUGCUUGAUCAACAAAUGACUUAAUCUCUCCGAAGCAUACUGAUGUAAUGAUCCUUAAAAGAAGAGCCUCCGUCUCAUUGCCACACUGCUGCACAAGGGAGGGCUACUGCUGUCCAUCCCCGCAGAGAGUUGGGAUUGAAUGGAGCCAGGUGGUCCGACUCUGAAUAGCACUGAGGAGAACAGAGCUCUUGAGCCUUUUGUACUGCUCCACUCCAGCGGAGAGAGAGAAAGAGAGGGAGAGAGUUUGUGAAUACGAGCAUUAACAUUGGUGUGCGUGACCAAAACUGGUCAGUGUCCCUGUAAAAAACAAAAACAAAAAAAAAAAAAACAAUUUAGAAGACUCUCGACAGCUGGCAACGUCUUUGCCCUCUGACUUACUGUAGAUCUUUUGUGUAUGUUUAUUAACUUCAUGCCUGUAGCUACUUAAUCAUGUAAACAUUUGGGCAAUAACCAAAAUUCUUUAGAAAACCUGUAGGCACAUCUUAUGUUGUAUAUUGACUUUCUUGUUGUCCUUUUCUUGACUAUUGGUCUUUUCAGUGCUUCAGCUCAAAGAGACUUAACCUUUUUUUUUUUUUUUAAUCAGUUUUCUGUCUCAAUUUCACAAUUUGGUCCAAAGAUGAUUUUAUAUGUCUCUUUCGCCUUUUGCUGAAACACUGUACAUAUUUCCAUUUGUCAUUUUUGUUGCGAUGCUUCUGACAAUCAUUUGUUUUCUAUUUUUUCCCUCUUUUUUAUAUUGUUUUGUUAAUAGUGCGUGUUGUUUUCCUGAGGUAAAAAUUUUAAGGUGGCCUUUUUCUCCUGUUCUUUCUGCUGCCGUUCCAGAACUUGCCAUUCAGUUGACCCAUAUUGUAUUGCCACAGAAAUUAAAGUAUUCCAAAGCUGAUCCGAACUGAAAAGCAGAAAAACCUACACACACAUCUUCUAAUCCGCUUCUCCUUCUGAGUCAGCGGGUAAAGCAGGAACGUGUUCACUUAUUCAUUUGGCCCUUAUCUGAGUCUGUGUGACAGCUGGUUAUCUGUGCCAUAUUGAUUAAAAGUAGAGAAGGGGGGGGAAAAGCCUAAAAUUUGACACCUUUAUUGAGUUCAGUGCAAUAAUGUAUAUUGGAUUAUCAAACCAAAGCAAGCUUUAGGCCCUGGCUAGCCACCAGUAGCCUAAAACCCCUUUAAACCCCUUUAAAGAUGUACUGGUGUAAAUUUGUGUCUGUCUUAGUACAAGAUGUAUGGAGAUUUCACUUACUGAUUUUUUUUUCCUUUUCUAUGAAAAUAAGAAGCUAAACUGAAAUCGUUUUCUCUUUACAGGAAAUCAUAAUCAGAAAUGCAUUAGUAAUUUUAAUGUGUGCUGUUAGUUAUAGUACCAGUUGUAAUGUUUUCAUAUUAAAAUUGUUCAAAAAUA